AUGGCCCGAGUAGAAAGGAGAUGCGAUGGUUGCUGGACGUGUCGACUUCGUCGCAAAAAGUGCGAUGAAACGCGACCGGAAUGCGCCAACUGCAGUGAUUUGCAAGUUGCCUGCCACUACGGGCGGAAACCCAAAUGGUUCGAUGGCGGCAAAAAGCAAGAGGCCAUGGCUGCGCAGAUCAAAUCUCAGAUCAAGACGCACGCUGGUUAUCGUCGAGAGAGACGCCAUGCCUCGGCAGGAGUCGCGAAAUUUGCAAAAACAGCACAAACCAGAGAGGAUCUCAAUUUCGUCAACCUUGUCCCGAAAGACGACUCUGUUAGCGGUGGAUUGAACUCCCACAUCGAUGCGACGAGUGAGGCGACUCGUCAAAACGCUGCAGUGGAUUUGAGCAAACGCAACAUACGCGAUGCUGCGCCAGGACUUAGCCUUGCAACCAAAUUUGGUCGGCCUGGACCUGAUCCCGAUAUGAUGUUCUACGGAGAAGACUACGACAUGGACUUUCUCAUGAAGUAUCUGGACAAUGUAUUCCCGCUGAUCUUUCCAUUCUACCAAACUCCUCUACUUGGCCCUGGGCGUGGCUGGAUCUUCUCGUUUCUCUCGCAGAGCAAAGUUGCUUUCAAUUCAGUGCUGGGCAUCAGCUCUUACUUCUUCACAGUUGCGUUAAGCGAAGCAUACUCUGAGGAAGAGCAUAGACAGUGCAAGGCGGUAGUCUGGUCUCGGCUCGUACGACAGGCAGACAUGUGCUUCGAUAUGCUGCAGCAGGAUAUACAGGAGCUGAAUAACCAGGGCGAGCAGGCAAAGCUGGUGGAUAAGAUCCGAGUCAUGGAGAGUAUUGUUCAGUUUCUUACUUUUGAGGUAGCGCUAGGCAGGUCGGCGAAUUGGAGCAACCAUCUCUCGCCUACCAUUGCUCUCUUCCUAGACAUACUGCAGAAUCACACCGAUAAAACUUCUUCAUCGAAACUACUCGACAUCUUGAAAGAGAUCAACCAACGCCCGCUAUAUGCCAUUGAAGAUGGCUUUUAUGUCUGGGAUAACCGACAGGAAUGCUUUCGGUUCUUUACUGGGCUUCUUCUUUUCAUUGACGUUGUGGCGAGCACCUCCCUUGAGCGACCACCACAACUUCUCGAACAUCAUCCGCAGGUUCUUUCCGACAGAGAUGAUGGAACCUAUAGCAAGGGCGAGGCCACUAUCCGACUAUCGAACCUUAUCGGCUGUCGAAAUUGGACUAUACGUGUAGUUGCCGACAUAUCGGCAUUAGAUGCCUGGAGAAAGGAGAAGACGAGAAAGCACGUCGACUGCAAGACAGAGUUAAUUGAGCGUGCCAGCCACAUUACUCGAAUGCUUGAGGACGCCAGUUCACGGAUAGACGUUGAUGGCGCGGCUCUUACAGCAAUCUCUACGGCAAUUUGGACCUGCGCGGCGAGGAUCUACCUUGCAGUCGUCAUCUCCGGUUGGCUGCCAUUGUUGCCAGAGGUGCGAUCAAAUGUGGCGCACGCACUUCAGUUGUUACAGACAAUGGCUGGCUCCUCUCGGUUGCGGGCGUUGACCUGGCCGCUCUGCGUCAUCGGCUGCAUGGCUGAGCAAACGCAGGAACAAGCCUUUCGCACUCUUUUCGCCGAUUUGGAUAAGCCAACACUGAUUGGAACGUUGGAUGAAGCACUACGCAUUAUGGAGAGUGUAUGGCGGAUUCGAGGAUCCUUGAAGAGUGAAGUGUGGGAUAUACAAGCAUGCUUGACAAUUCUUGGCACGCCGGCUUUGCUAGUUUAG